AUGGAGUUGAAACCUAUUCCGGCUUUUUAUUGCUGUUAUCUGCUUCGCUCUACUGUCCGCCACGCCAGCGUCUACGUCGGCUCUAGUCCGGAUCCAGCCCGACGACUUGCUCAGCACAACGGUCGCGUGCAAGGUGGUGCUGUGCGCACAUCUCGUGAUAGUCUGCGGCCUUGGGAGGUCACCUGUGUGGUGGCAGGCUUCCCCUCCAACAUUGCUGCGUUGCAGUUCGAGUGGGCAUGGCAGAAUUCCCAUUUGACGAGACACAUCCCCCCUCAUGAGCGAAUAUCCUUUGCCGCAACCCGAACCAAGACCUCGAGAACCGGCAAAGUCACUCGGAGGCCUGGCAGGCCCAGAACAUCCUUAAUGGACAAGUUAUCAAACUUGCACCUCCUCCUAAGAGCUUCGUAUUUCUCGAGGUGGCCACUCGAGGUUCGCUUCUUCAGCCCAGACGCCUAUCAAUCGUGGCAAACGUGGUGCGGGCGAGUUGACACGCACAUCUCGCAAAAUAUUAAAGUCCACUUGGACCCGCCUCAGAUGCAGCCUCCGCCGGAACAAGAUGAGUUCACUUCGGCACAGCCUGUCCAGAGGAAAAGAAAAGCAGAUCUUAUCGGCAAAGGGGGCGUUGAUGGUGUCGAUCCCACAUAUGCCGCCUUUCGGGAGGUCUUCGACAAGAGUCAAUUCCUUCUUGACGAGGAAGACAAUCAGACUUGUUCUGUAUGCAAAAAUGGAAUUGAUGUUCAGAAGGCGUUGUUUGUAGUUUGCCCCACCGAAAAUUGUCAAAGCAUUUCACACGUAACUUGCUUAGCAGAUGCUUCCCUGGGACAACAACAAUCAGCCUCUCUUGUGCCACAAUCGGGACAUUGUUCUUCAUGCGGGCAACAGCAUCCGUGGUCAGAGCUUAUGCAGCAAGUGACUUUGAGGACUCGAGGUAUGAAGGAAGUCAAGAAGAUAAUGGCACGGAAAGGCAGAAACGUAGCCAUAAGUGCAAGUGAGGUAUUAGAAGAGCAGAGUGAAGAGGAAUCCGAAGCCGAAGCAGAGGGGCUUACCGCAGAGGAGGUGAUUGAUGAGGAGUUCUUCGACGAGCAGGAGGACGACGACAACAUCUCGAUCGCGUCCACAGACUCCCAGAUGAUCAUUACAGCCACGCUCAAGGCUGAUGAUAAGAUCGCGGCAGAUAAGGCUCGAUUGGAAAUAGUCAUCGAAGACAGCGAAGAGGAGACAUAA